AGGGCAUUGGGGCCUCGAUGCUGCGGGCGCCAUGAACAGCGGCGCGGCUCCCGCAAUGGUGCCCGGCUCCCCGCUGGUGCACAGCAGGCCUCUGGCGGCCCAGGCCCAGGCGGCCCCUCCCGCGAGGGCCAGGCCCGGCCUCGCUGCGAGCCGCAGCGCGGCGGCGCUGCUGCCGCAGCCGCUGCAUGGUGUGCCAGCGACAAGCGCCGGGAGCCAUUCGUCAGGCGUGGCCUGCUGCGGGCGCCCCCGGGCUGGCGGCCUGCUCCUGGGGCGGGAGCUCACGUGGCCCGAGCUCUCCCAGGCAGCCGCGCCCCGCGUCGGCUCGGGCGUGCUGCUGCGCGAGGGGUCGCGGCUGGAUGGGCCGCGGCUAGCGUUCCCCAGCGGCGGAGGCCAUGCGGUGGGGCGCCGACGAGGUCGUGGCUGGAUGGCCCGUCGCCGGCACUCGGCGUCGGCGUGGGCCAGCUCGAGCCAGCGCGACCGUUGGCCUUCCCCCUGGGCGCUGGGCUGAGGAGCCUGUCGCCGCCCUGCGGGCACCAGGUGCGGGCCCACUCGCCCAGCGGUGCGGUCAUGAGCCCGGUGGCGCCAGGCGCCCGUGCGCUGGCCAGCAGCAGCCCCGCCGGGUCGUUCCGGGCAGUCCUGCCAGUGGCGGGCGCUCGCCCGGCGUGGGCGGUGCCCGCGGGGUGCUCGUCGGCCUGCGAGCCGCAGGCCGCGCCUCCGCGGCGGGGCCCCGUGGCGCC